UUCAGAUUUACCCCCACGAGCGCCACUGCUUGCGUCAGCUUGACUCGAAUGAACAUUAUGAAACCAAGCUGCUCUCUUUCCUCUUAAAUAACCUAUGAUGGAAAUGGAAAUUAGAUUUUGAAAUCUUUGUUUUGUAUCAUGGAAUCUGUUCAGCAAAUCUGGUUUGUUAGUCAUUUUGUUCUUUUGUCGAAAGUGUUUUUAGUGCUUUGUGCUUUUUAGAGGCACAGCUGACGCAAGCAUCGUAGAGAUGUUGACAGAAGUGUAUGACUAAGUGUCAGGAUCUUGGAAGUAGAAACGUUGAAACUCGGCACCAGCACCAGUUAAGAUUUAUGAAGCCAGUGAAUUUACACAUUUAUUGUUUAAGCUUGUAUAAAAUUAGCAGAAGAAAAUUGAUCAAGACCUGUGUUGUCAUACACUGGAAGUGAUGGGUGAAGCAAACCAAAUGUAGGUUUUAUAAGCAAUAUGAAGGACUUGUUUAUCAUAGACAGAGGGUUGUUAGCAGGAUACCUAACAACCUGUUCUUGGUACUGAAUGAGUUUUCCAGAAGAUGUACGGAUAUGUGAUACCUAGACAGAUAUUUGUAACUGUAUCUAUUUUUCUUUUAGUUUGUUAUGAAGUAAUAAAGAACAGUAGAGAAGUUAACAUUACUGUAGUGCUUUUUAAAAGGAGAUUUUAUGGGUUUUUCUUUUUUCUUUGAUAUCUGUGAGGAAAGAGUGUAACAUUUCAGAAGAGAAAGUGGCACUCUUUUUAAGUCGUAAGUCAGUUGGUCUUUUUUUUUUAUGUUUAUGCUGAUUUUACAAUUGCCGUGGUAGCUAGUCUUACCAUUUUAUUCAGUCUAAACAUAUUUUAAUACUCAUCUUUUAUUUUUAUUAUUGUUAUUUUAUGAAUCUUCAUUCUAUAUUUCUUCCUUGUGUUUUACUUCAUUUUAAAAUUAUAAUUUUUAUGCUGUAAAUUUGAGAAAAAGAUCCGUUAAGGUUUGUGCUUGCCACAGCUGAAGGCAUUGUUUUCUUCACAGUGCAGAUCCAGAUAUUUAAUACAGAUGAUAAUUAGUCAUCAUGUUAGGUAGGGUCAACAAGUCUCCUAAGUGGAUUGCCUCUUGUGUACCGGGUGUGAAAUGCAGCUUGAUGAGAGGGGGUGUACUGUAAUCGCAGGGUCCACCAUUGCUUUUUUGCAAUGUCAGUACAACCAUCUUGAUUACAGUAGAAAAUGCAUGGUGUAAUUGUUUGUGUAAAACGAGUGUAUGGACAUGUAAACUGUGUUGUGGUUUUGAGGAACCGUGUUUGUCAAUAGGAUAUUUGUAUUUUGACUUCAAGGGCCUUCCACAAAGUAAAACAGAAUUUGUAUUUGAUUA